AUGGAGUAUUCAUAUGGAUCAAGCAGCGAAGAACUCUCUGAUUCUCAAGGCUUAAAAAACUUCCUUGAAGCCUCAUCUUCUGAAGAAGAAAAAUUUUUUAACAAGCAAAAUCCUUACCUCGAUUUCAAAAAAAAAGAUAACUUUUUUGCAGGAGGAGGCGAUCCUUAUGCAUUCAACAUGGAUUUCAGUAACAUAAAAGUCCCCAGCAAAGCCCAGCCCAAGCCCCAACCUCAGCCUCAACCUCAACCUCAAACAGCAAAAAGUGCUAUAAAAACCCCUACAACCCAGGCGGGCAAAAAAGGUGUGAGCUUUGAAAAAUCACGACCAAAAAGCCCUGAAGAUGACGAUAGGCCAAUCGAUAUGAAAAGCAAACAAGCCAACUCUAAAUUUGAGAGCAUGAAAAAAGACUUCCUCAGCAUGGUUCAGUCCAUCAAAAACGAAGAUUCCAGUUCCCAUAGCUCCAAAAGCAGCAAAAAUUCAGACUCACCUGCCAUGCCUACUUUAAACGUAGUAAACUGAAGCGAUGUUAAAGGACAACUCAAAGUCACUGAUGAAGAAAAAGAAACCUCUCAUAAAGAAAUAAAGACUGAGCCUUUUCGGUUUGGAAUUAACCCGCCUAUUUCUUUAAACAAAAAACUUGACACUCCUACGCAAAAAAAGGAAACUUUUAUAUCUCCUCUGGAUUCAGAGAUGUCUGAAUCUUAUCAAUCGCCAAGGUCAGAUUUAAAGCAAAAAGAAGAACUUGAGAGUCAAAACUCUGAUUACUUUAUUAAAGAUGAGCUGCAAAGCAGUGAAAGAAGCUAUAAAGAAAGCAAUAAUACGUGGAAAAGCUAUUCUGAGCAUGAAGAUAGUUCUAAAAAAGUUGACACACCUUUUGAAAUAAGUGCGUCUCAAAGUGGACAAAAAAUAGAUGUGCCGAUAAAGGCUACACCAAUAUUGAGUUAUGCUCCAAAAGCUGAGCUAAAUUCUACAACACCUCAACAGCUUCCCACAAAUAGCCAGCCACCUUAUUAUGCUCCAAAAGCUGAGCUAAUUUCUGCGGCACCUCAACAAUUUCCCACAAAUAGCCAGCCACCUGAUAAUACUUCAAAAGCUGAGCUAAUUUCUGCGGCCCCUCAACAAUUUCCCGCAAAUAGCCAGCCACCUUAUUAUGCUCCAAAAGCUGAUCUAAUUUCUGCGACACCUCAACAAUUUCCCACAAAUAGCCAGCCACCUUAUUAUGCUCCAAAAGCUGAGCUAAUUGCACAAGAAAAGCCUCCUAUUUAUAAAUAUGAGCCAAACAUUCCUUUAAAAUCUGAAACAGACCGGCCACACUCUGCCUCCGAUAGCCGUCCAAAACUCUCGCGAGAAAGAGAACUAGAAAUAGAAAUUAUCGAUUUAAGAGGCCGCGUAGAAAAUUUACAGUCACAAUUAAAUAUAAAACAAGAGCAAGUUGACCGCCUAGAAAAUUUAAAGUCACAAUGAGAAAAAAAGCAAGAGCAAGCUUACGACAUCGAUCUAAGAGGCCAAGUAGAAUAUUUUCAGUCACAAAUAAAGAUAAUGCAAGAGCAAUUAAACCACUUCGAAAAUACCGAAGCUAGAGUAAAAGAUUUAGAAGCUGAAAAUGAACUAUUGAAGUCGGAGUUGGGAAAAAAAGAAAAAAGUCAUGAAGAAAGGCUGAGGAAUAGUGAAUCCAGGGUUUCUGAAAGGAUUAUGAGAACGCUUAAUAUGAAAUUUGAAUAUGAAAAAGAUGAAUUUGAUAGGAAAAAUAAAGAGCUAGAGAUUGAGAUAAAUCAAUAUAAAAUUGAUGUUACCAGAUGUGAAGCAGAAAAUAGAGAAUUGAGGUUCAAAUUAUCAAAAUUGAGAGAUCAAGAAGUAAAAAUAAAAGAAUUAGAGCAGAAAAUUUACACUUUAAGCCGAAAAAAUACCCCAAGUGAAGUAAAAAAGCCAAUAGAAAAAGAUCUUCCAAAAGAUGAAAAAGAUCUUCUAUUAAAAGAAAUUGAAACACAAGAACAGCUUAUAAAAGGUUACCAAAAGGAAAACGAAAGGCUUGUUGAAGAAAUGAAAAAAUUAAAUUCUCAGAUAAAAGAAGAGCAGGUAAAAAUGCAUCAUGAAAACAUGAAAGUAGACUUACUAAAAACCAACCUCAUAAAAGACCACGGAGGGGUGCUAAUCAAAGAAAACAUUUCUGACUUUGGAACUAUCAAUGAAUUAGCUGGUGGCACUGUAAUAAAUAAACAAGAAUAUAUAGAGCUCAGAGAAAGGGCGUCUAGACUUACUCGAGAAUUAUUCGAAAAAGAAAAGAUUUUUACUGAAAAAGAAUUAGAGUAUCAAGAAAUUAUUGAAAAAUUAAGAAGAUUCCAAGCUGAAGCUGAAUUCAGGUUUUCUACAACACAAGAAGGAUUAAUUAAUAUUCAAGAAAUAAACAAAAUCCAUGAAAAAGAAAUCAAUGAUUUAAAGGAAGCGUAUGAAGAAGAAAUUGGGAAUCUGCAAGCAAGAAUAAAAUGGUAUGUAGAAAAUCAAGAAUUUUUAGAAGGUCAGAUUAAAGAAAGCAAGCCGCUUAAGCAAGAUCUUCAAAAUUUGCAAAGAGAAUUAAAUGAAAGACCAGCCACUGCUGAUAUGUGAGAGAUUUAGUUAGAGAGGGUUAAAGCGGAGUUUAGCUCAGCCCUUGAUCCAGUGAAGCUUUAGCUUCACGCUUGUGUGGCACUAAGCGCUUAAGCUGCUUAACACCUAUUCUAUGACUUCACCAAAAAUGAUGAUAUCCACAUCUUUCAGGGAGACUUACCCGAACUUAGACCAAUAAACUUCACCAAAAGGACUCUCUUAAGUAGUGCUCAGAGUAUGAGAAAAUCGUCCGAUGCCUCCUUCUAGAACUACCUCUGCCAUUUUCAGGCACCAUAAUGCUACUCCAAAAGAGCUCAAUUUGGUGUUGUGCCGCCGGUCUUCUUGUCUGAGACCAAGGAGAGGUCCAGUUAGCCCAUACCGCACCCCACCCCACCCUACCCCCGGAAUUCCUCCACCUGCAAUCCCAUGGCCCUCCAGGAAUUUUUUAUUUUUUUGGCCGAAGUUUUGAGUUCAUCCUAUCGCUCCAAAAGCCAUCCUGUGGCCUGGUGGCCGAAAUUUUUAUCUGCUGAUAUGAAGAAAAUGAAAAAUUUAGAAGAAAAAUGUAAAGGAUAUGAAGAAGGGCUGAAAACCAAUAGUUCGAUUGCUGCUAUGAUUCUAGCGUCAAAACCAGACCCUGAGCAGUCUGAACUAGUGAUAUCAUUGAAGAAAAGAAUUCAAGAACUAGAAGCAAUGAUCAUGGAAAAAGAAAUUGAGCAGGAAACCAGAAUUAGAAACUUAAAGCAAGAAUAUGAAUCUGUUAAACAAAAAUUAGCUAAACAAAAAAUACCAACAGGCAACAAGGGAAAACAAGCUGAAAGUGUUGCUAAUCUAAGAAUAAAAGAACUAGAAAAGCAGCUGGAAGAUACAAGGGCUUAUUACACAAAGAAACUACGUAAUCCAGCUUCUAAACAAGAAGAAGAUGUCUCCAAACUUAAAAUGGAAUUAAGCCAAAGGCCUUCUCCUAAAGAAGUAUGGGCUGAGCCAUCUCCAAAUCCAGUCGACACUUUGCCUGAAUUCAAAGACCUUUCUGACCGCGAUGCUAAAUUUUUACUUUUACAAUCAAAUAAGCGAAUAAAAGAACUCGAAGACCAAAUCCAAACAGGAAAUAAAGCAGCAACUACGAAUUUCACUACAGAUCAUGCAUUAUCCCUAAAAAUUAAUACCCUUGAAGAAGAGCUUGAAAAACUCAACGCAAAAUACGAAUAUUCCCGAAAUGAAUGUGAAAAGCUUAGACUAGACAAAGAAAUGCUAGAAACUCAUAUAGAAAGAACGCCUGUCAUACCUGGGACUAGCGAAUUUUUAAAAUUGCAAAGAAAAAUUGAAAACUUAGAAGACGCGCACUAUAGGAGGGAGCAAGAGUUGAUCAAUAGGCUAAACUCAGUUUCACUGAGGUCUGAAAAUGAAAUUGAAGAAAUAAAAAGAAAAUUCCAAAAUGAAAAAGCUGGAUUGCAGAAAUUAAUAGCGAAAAAGAAUAAAGAAAUUGACGAGUUCAGAAUUGAGCUGGAAGAGCUGCUUUCAGAGAUUGAAAGACUCAGAUCAAGAAAAGCUGCUUAA